AUGAUCAGCUGUGACUCGGACCAGUUCCACUGCUCCAACGGGAAGUGCAUCCCGAAGUCGUGGAAGUGCAACACCAUGGACGAGUGUGGUGACAACUCUGACGAGGAGCUGUGCGUCCAGCCCAACCCCUCCGCAGCCUUCUCCUUCCAGCCCUGUGCCUUCAACCAGGUAGAGAUUACUGACUUUGUGUAGUCUAGGUCAAGGGGAUUGUGUAUUUGUAUAUAUUGUAUGUAUUUUCCAAUUUAAUUGAAUAUAAAGUGCCUUUGGGGUGUUAAAUGUACAGCCAAUCUUGUGCGCUGUCCAUUCUUUUGGCCACCUGAUAAAAACAAGGACCACAAUGGAAAUAGGUUUGUAGACUUUAUUGUGUUUUUAAUCUCCUACGAUUUUUGUUGAAUGUAUUGUUGUACUCCCAUGGCCGAGGCAACAAUAUGUCUUUUUAAAUUUGUCAAAUAAAAUUCCUUCAUUACUUUAUUCAGUUUCCCUGCCUGUCCCGCUACACCCGUGUCUACACCUGCCUGCCCGAGUCGCUCAAAUGUGAUGGCAGCAUCGACUGCCAGGACCUUGGUGACGAGAUUGACUGCGAUGUGCCGACCUGCGGCGACUGGCUGCGGAACUUCUACGGCACCUUCAGCUCGCCCAACUACCCUGACUUCUACCCACCAGGCAGCAACUGCACCUGGCUCAUCGACACGGGCGACCACCGCAAG